AUGGGACAACUAGAGGAGUCAAAUUCAACUAGUGACGAAGUUGAGGUUGAGUCCGGUGGUUCGACUUCACCUGAAGAACAAGUCAUAUUUGAUCGAGGACUCACCGCUUGGCUCCAGGUUCUAGUUGGCCAUCUUUUGGUUAUAAAUGGAUUUGGGUAUAUAUCAUCGUUCGGGCUCUUUCAAUCGCAUUGGGUACAAUCUCUGGAAAGAUCUUCCUCAGAUAUCGCUUGGGUCGGCUCGCUCCAAAUGUUUCUCCUCUUCUUCGUUGGCACUUUUUCAGGUCGAGCAAUGGAUGCAGGUUACUUCCGGUCUUUGAUUAUUGCUGGUUCCGCGCUUCAACUUAUCGGCACCUUUGCCACCUCGGUAGCAACCGCAUAUUGGCAACUUAUCUUGGCACAAGGCAUUAUUCAAGGGCUGGGCAAUGGUCUAUUAUUUACGCCUCUCGUUGCUUUGGUUUCAGUAUACUUUCUCAAAAGGCGAACCCUGGCUUUAGGCCUGGCCGCUUGUGGUGCACCUGUUGGUGGGGUAAUAUUUCCAGUUGUCCUGCGUCAACUUGAAGGUCACCUUAGUUUCGGUUGGAUUGUCAGGAUCAUGGGCUUCGUAAUCCUCUUCAACACGGCUCUUGUCCUCGUUCUCGCUCGUCCCCGAGUUACAGUUAAGGCUUCAAGACCGCUUGCGGAAUGGGCGGCUUUCAAAGAAGUCCCCUACGUACUUUUUGCUACUGGAAUAUUUUUCACCAUCUGGGGUAUAUACAUUGCCUAUUUUUAUACAGCAACAUUCGGCCGGAACGUGAUCCAUGUUUCCUCCACUACCUCAUACACCUUCCUUAUGGUUCUAAAUGGCGUCGGCAUUCCCGGACGCCUCAUCCCGGCUCUUCUCGCAGACCGAUACUUUGGAACGUUCAACACCUUGCUCUUUUUUGUGGCGGCGGCUGGGAUCUUGCUGUUUAGUUGGAUGGCAGUGGAGAAACUUGACGGAUUCACGGCCUUUCUCGUGGUGUAUGGAUUCUGCGCGAAUGCAGUUCAGACACUUUUCCCCUCUACUCUCGCAGGGUUAACAAAGGACAUCACCAAGAUGGGAGUAAGGACAGGGAUGGUAUUCACCGUUGGCAGCAUCGCUUGCUUGACAAGUGCUCCAAUCGCGGGUCGGCUCAUUGAUAUCGAAGAUGGCAGCUACCGAGGUGCGCAAGCCUUCGGCGGCACAACGGUGUUCUUGGGCGUUGCUUUUCUUCUUUCAGCACGUCUAGCACAGCGGGAUGGAUAA